AUGCCAGGCUCCCACGCCAUCAUCGACCUCAGCUCCCCUACCCCAUCCCCUGAGCCUGUCAGCCGGGAGUCGACUGGACAAGCUGCGUAUCGCCCGUCCGCUUCCUCAUCGCGUGCGCAGUCCACACACCCCGUGUCACCGGCUCCGCGUGCUCCCCCGACCCCCAGUCGUGCGGCGGGUGCCGCUAGACCUCGCUUCACUGAACCAGAUGUCAUCGAAUUGAGCGACUCGGACGACGACGACGUACAGAUCACUGGCAGCAACGCAGGUCCCUCGCGCCCCAUCGCCCAUCUUCCCCCUCGUCGGGCUGCCGCUGCCGCGCGCCUGACCAACAACGACCAGUUCCGUGAUGCCAUGGAUCCUCGUCCUCUCGCAAAUCGAACUAACGACGGAUCAGGACUCGACGCGACCCUCGCACACCGCGCUGCCGAGCUCAACGAACUCGACCAACUCGAGGCCGAGGUGGGAGAAGCUGGGCCUGCGCGUCUCCGGAAUGUGCUCUCGCCACCACCAGAUGCUCCCUUGCCUCGUAUGGGCUUUGGGGGCGCCGUUUUCCGCGGUGGCAACCGCCAAGUGCGCUUUGAGCCUGGUCGUCCCGCCCAGCGUUUCCGCAUCGACCGCAAUGGCGACGAAGCCAUUGAAGCAGAACCUGAGCGCCGUCAACCUCGCCGUGGUGUCCCUAUGCGCGUUCCCGACGACGGCGCUGGAGGUGCCCCCAUCAAUGCCCCAACUGCGGCUGGCCAGUGGCGUGUCAACCUCAACCUCGCCGGCCUCGGUGGAUACUUUCUUAACCGCGAUGGCCUCAUGGGCGCCCUACUGGACCGUGGACCCGUCGGCCUCGGCCUCGGCCUAUUUGGUGUUGGUGUUGGCCGUGUCGGCCGUGCCCCACACAACGACGACGUCCCGACCAUCCUCGCCAAAGUCGUCCCAUCAGUCAUCCCACCUGCGCCCAAGGGCUUCACUCACACCUGGGACGCCGAGGAGAUCGAUACCGAGGUCAACGGGAGCACAGCCAUUGAGCUCGAUGGUGCUGGUCAAGUCGUUCCAAUCAAGAAGCGUCAACCAUACCUCGCAUGCGCCUGUUGUCCUGAGCCUCUCCGCGUCUUGAGCGCGGCGCGCAGCGACAAGGACCGUGUUUGGGCCCUGCGCUGUGGCCACCUUGUCGACGAGCGCUGCUUGGAUACUCUCGGUUCAGGCUCGGACGACGAAGACGACCCCCCACUUCUCGACGACGAGCCGCUGUCCAAGAAACGCCGCCCAGCUCGCAAGGCCAAGAAGGUCCAGCCUGUCAAGGAGUACACCUGGGAGUGUCCCGUCACCGGCUGCGCGCGCCAGCACGUCAGUGUGUUCGUUGACGGCGUCUGGAAGCCAAAGGAGGGUGCUGGCGCCGUCCAGAUCUAUGUCUAG